AUGGAUAGCAUUGAGAUGAACAUGCAAAAUGGGGGUCCUCCAGCUCCCCCGCCAGAUCCUAUCGAACGUCCUCCUACACCUCCACCACCACCUCCCGAGGAUCUAGGUGCUCCGCCGCCUCCACCAGAUGUCGCCGCACCUCCGCCGCCGCCGCCAGAUGAUGUGCCGCCGCCAGCACCUCCGGUAGACACGAAAAAGAAGAAACAGGGAUGGGGCGCAAAACGCCCAGCUGCGGCUCCACUGAGUGUUGAAGAUUUGCUUCGUAAGAAGAAGGAAGCAGAUGCGGCAGCCGCUAAGCCAAAAUUCUUAUCCAAAGCUCAGCGGGAAAAAUUGGCGUUGGAGAAGCGUGCGAAGGAAGUAGAGGCUGAAAAACAAGCCAGGGCGCAGGCGAAUGGCUCUGCGGACAAAGGAUUUUCGGCUCCAGCACCACCAAAACCCUCACAAGAGCCUAAAUAUGAUCAUAAGGAACCGAACUCGAGAGUACCCACUGGGCCUCGUUCAAUGCGCGGAGAUGGCUCGAAGGGACAUGGGCCAAGGCCACGAAAUCACGACAUGGACCCUCCGCCUCCGCCUGGGCCGAAAGGAGGAAAGAACGCCAAAGCUGAAAAGCGCCUUGCAGAAGAAGACGAAGCCGAGGCACAAGCUGCUAUCAUCAAGCAGCGAUAUAUGGGAGCAGAACAGGUCUCCAACUUCUCGGCGAAGAAGAAGCGAAAACGUACCACGGAUCGCAAAUUUAAUUUCGAAUGGAACCUCGAGGAAGAUACCAGCCCUGACUAUAACCCAUUAUACCAGCAUAAACACGAGGCAAACUUCUUUGGACGAGGCCGCUUAGCUGGGUUUGGUGAGGAUACUGCGGAUGAUAUGGCUAAGAAGUAUGCACAGGCGCUUGAAUCUCAGGACCGAGAUACGGGCAGCAUGCGCGCAAAGGAAAUCAUGGAGAUGGAAAGACGGCGCCGUGAGGAGGGCUCGCGCAACCAGAUUGACAAGCAUUGGAGUGAGAAGCGCUUGGAUCAUAUGCGCGAGCGUGACUGGCGUAUUUUCAAGGAGGAUUUCAAUAUCUCUACCAAGGGUGGAACUGUGCCCAAUCCCAUGCGAUCAUGGACUGAAAGUCAGCUUCCUAAGCGUUUGCUGGAGCUUGUGGAUCGUGUCGGCUAUAAAGAGCCCACAGCCAUUCAGCGCGCUUCUAUUCCCAUUGCCUUGCAAUCCCGGGAUCUUAUUGGUGUUGCUGUGACAGGUUCCGGUAAAACAGCCGCGUUCUUGUUGCCGCUUCUUGUUUAUAUCUCAGAAUUACCUCGGCUUGACGAGAAUGAGUGGCGCAAGAACGAUGGACCCUAUGCAAUUGUUCUAGCCCCAACUCGUGAAUUGGCACAACAAAUUGAGAUUGAGGCUAGGAAAUUCACACAACCUCUUGGCUUCAACGUCGUCAGUAUUGUUGGUGGUCAUGCAUUGGAGGAGCAAGCCUACAGUCUACGUGAUGGUGCAGAAAUCAUCAUUGCAACUCCGGGUCGUUUGGUUGACUUUAUCGACCGACGAAUGCUAGUGCUUAGCCAGUGUUGCUACGUGGUCAUGGAUGAAGCAGAUCGCAUGAUCGAUCUUGGUUUCGAAGUUUCUGUCAACAAGAUUCUUGAUGCUCUCCCAGUCUCUAAUGAAAAGCCCGACAGUGAAGAAGCUGAGAAUUCACAAGUCAUGACUCAACAGCUUGGAGGACGUGACCGAUACCGCCAAACUAUGAUGUACACAGCUACUAUGCCAGCGGCAGUUGAGCGUAUAGCCCGCAAGUACCUACGAAGACCCGCCAUUAUCACCAUUGGUGGUGUUGGUGAAGCUGUCGAUACAGUCGAGCAGCGCGUGGAGAUGAUUCCUGGCGAAGACAAGCGAAAGAAGCGUCUACACGAUAUCCUGGCCUCUGGCGAGUUCCGGGCCCCUAUUAUUGUCUUCGUCAACAUCAAGCGAAACUGUGAUGCUGUUGCUCGUGAGAUCAAACAAAUGGGUUUUUCUUCGGUCACUUUGCAUGGUUCGAAAACACAAGAUCAACGUGAGGCUGCUCUUGCGUCUGUUCGUGGCGGCUCUACCGAUGUCCUUGUUGCCACUGAUCUUGCUGGACGUGGUAUCGAUGUUCCAGAUGUGUCUCUCGUCGUCAACUUCAACAUGGCUACCAGCAUUGAAAGUUAUACUCACCGUAUUGGUCGUACUGGUCGUGCGGGUAAGAGUGGUGUGGCUAUUACCUUCCUUGGAAAUGAGGAUACCGAUGUCAUGUAUGACCUCAAACAAAUGCUUAUUAAAUCUCCGAUCUCGCGUGUCCCCGAGGACCUGCGCAAGCAUGAGGCUGCGCAGUCUAAACCCAAUCGUGGCCAAGCAAAGAAGAUUGAAGAUAGCUCAGGAUUCGGCGGCAAAGGAGGUUGGAGCUAA